AGUCGAAUCUCCGUUCCAUCGAUCUCUCACUGCGAAUUCCUCCCUCAUCGACGAGAGAGAGAGAGAGAGAGAGAGAGAGAGAGAGACGGGUGAACUUCGAUCCGUGGCUGGGCCGGGUAUGGGCGAGGAGGAGGGGGAUCCGCAGCGGCUGAAGACGACCGCCGCGGCGGCGUACGACUACGACAACGAUCCCCGAUGGGCGGAGUACUGGUCCAACAUCCUGAUCCCGCCCCACAUGGCCGCUCGAUCCGACGUCGUCGACCACUUCAAGCGCAAGUUUUACCAGCGCUUCAUCGAUCCUAACCUGGUUGUGGAGGCAAUGUCUUCAACUAGUUCGUCUCAGUCAUCAAGAGCCUCAGACAGACCUUCGUCACAAUCAGCUCAAUCAUCAAGAUCAUCGGAUAGACUUUCAUCUCAGUCAGCUGCUCAGAAUGUGAGGUCACAAAAUUCAGGGUCUGGUAGUGGAAGUACUGGAACAGCUGCAUCAAUGGGCAGGAAUGCUAAUUCAUCGAGGCUAUAUCAACGAUCUAUACAUUUUUCUGCCAAUGCUUGGGUACUAGUGGUCGUUGUGCUUGGGAUGCUUCCAGUUUUGCCAAGAAAUCUUUCAAACAAGGCAUAUCAUUUGUCGUUGCUGGGUACUACUUGUUCCUCGGUUUAUUCAUUAUACACUCUCUAUGGGAAACCGAGGGCAUGGAACCUCCCUGCUAUCCAAACAUGGUUUCAAACACUGAUCGGAGCAAAGGAUUUUAUUCAUUUGAUAUAUUGUAUUACACUUGUUACAUCACAGCUACACUUUAAAUUUGCUCUCAUACCUGUAUUUUCUUGGGCUCUUGAGCAUGUGGCCAAAUUUCUAAGGCGUAAUUUUGCACAUUCUUCUUUAUACAGGAAAUACUUGGAGGAACCUUGUUCGUGGGUAGAGGCAAAUGGAACUACAUUGAACAUUCUAAGUUCAAACGCGGAGAUUGGAUUGGGCUUUCUUCUAAUCAUAUCCUUAUUCUCGUGGCAGCGCAAUAUUAUUCAGACAUUCAUAUACUGGCAGCUGCUGAAGCUCAUGUACCAUGUUCCUGUAACUGCUGGUUAUCAUCAGAGUGCGUGGGCGAGGAUUGGUCGGACUGUGAGUCCAUAUAUCUUUCGCUAUGCUUCUUUCUUAAACGGCCCCAUAUCUGCAGUUCAGAGAUGGUGGUUAAGGUAGAAGGAAGAAAGGUAGAAGGUGGUUCGGUGGACAAUAGCUACCUUCUGAUAGAAAACCACGGUUGGUAAAACUGAACCUAGAUGUGGCCAUUUCCUGGAGGUGCUUGUUGAUUCGUGUGCUUGUGCUGCGGCCAAAUGCAGGAGUUUUGUCCAUUGCUAUGAACCCAUUUUGUGAUCUUCUGCCAUGCGAUUAAAUGGGAGAAAAUACAGCAAACUUGCUCGUAUUUUACUUGGCACUAGAGUUGAGAACUCAUUUUUGAGAGUCCACCUGAUUGCAUUGUGUUUCCUUUUUUUGUUGAUUGAUGCUGGUGGUGAAGUCCUCGAAGCAGAUGAUUGCCAUUGAUUGCUGUCGGUGUCAAGCUGAUGAUGGCCCUUAACAGCGGGGGAGAGGAAAAGGUGACUGUUCUGUCUGUGUUUGAAAGGCUGAUAGAACUUUUUGAGGUGCAGUGAAUGGUGUAUGUAUUAUAGGCUAGUUUUCUUGUCUCCAAAAGAGAGGAAGAGUGAGUUGGACAACGUUGUUGGCUUUGUGUGUGUGUGUGUGUGUGUAUGUAUUUCGCUGGGAUCCGAUGGAGAACGCUCUUCGUACAAGUCUAGUUUUCGCUUGCUAUGCGAUGGACAGGGAUAACAAGGUAAAUGACUUGUCAUGUCGAAUGAAUAUAGGUGGUCAAGCAUUGGACAUGUGCAUGAAGAGCCCAGUUUGGGGGCACAGAUCUGGUCAACGUGAGCAGUUAAAGUUUUCAGUCAACAUUAUAUAUCUCUUUGGAUUGGUGUUGCCCCAUAAUUUUUGGAAAUACAUGUUGCUGUCAGUUUGUUAGGGGAUGAUAAAAGCCUUAGCGUUUGAUGAUUUUAGCAGUGAAUUCUAAAAAUCCUAUUUUGUCAA